CAAUCAGUUUAUCGCACCAAACAAGACUUCAGAUAAAGCGGAUAAACAGACACACAAUGAUCAUGCAGAUUUUAGGUGCAGAAAUGUUGAAUUUGUGUUGUUGACAAGGCCCUAAAAUGACGCCCAAAUUGUAUAUGAACGAAGUAAGUCCUGCUGUUAGAGCAGUUUUGAUGACAGCUAAAGCAUUGAAUAUCACACUCGAUCUCAAAGAGGUAAAUUUCCAGGAAGGAGAACAUUUAUCUCCGAAAUAUUUGAAGUUGAAUCCACAACACACAAUUCCAACCUUAGAUGACAAGGGCUUGAUCAUUUGGGACAGUCAUGCAAUUAUAGCCUACCUGGUUGGAAAAUAUGGUGAACAUGAUAGUUUUUAUCCUAAGGAUAUUGAAAAAAGAGCUGUUGUAGAUCAGAGGUUGCAUUUUGAUUCUGGGUUGAUCUCUCAUAUUCUCAAGGAGAUUAUGAACCCAAUAAUAUAUGGAGCUUCAAUGGAUACAUCCCAUGAUUUCUACGAGAAAACCAUCCGUAUCUACGAUUUGGUGGAAACUUUCCUCGUCGACAGUUGGAUAGCUGGAAAUUACCUCUCUAUAGCUGAUUUUAGUCUUAUUGCUUCAAUAUCUACACUGAAUAUUAUAAUACCGAUAGACCCUUUGAAAUAUACUAGAAUUGUACGUUGGUUACAUAGAUCAGAAAAAGAAACUUUUUAUGAUGCAAAUAGGAAGGGGCUCGAUAAAAUUCGCAAUUGUAUUCAAUAUGAUUAUGUCCAAGUACAAGACAGAAUUUGUAAAGUUUGAGAAAAUCAAACCAGUUCGAAUAUAUACCAGAUACCUCACACAACAUGAAAUGUAACACCCUGUUGUUUGUUACAUUUUUAGAUUAAUAAAAAUGUAUAAAAAUAAGAAA